UGAUUUAUUUCUAUUGUCUGGCCUCUGAUUGAUUUCUAUUGGUGAAGGAGGCCAAGAGCCUGGUGUGUAACAAUUUGGGAACAAGAGACACAUGGGGGCUGGGAGGACAGGACUCAGGCUUGGGUGGGGCACCAACUUAGUGGGUUCAGGUGAUCGAUGUGUCAGGGGAAGACUCAUGCAUAGGCCUGGGGAUAGGGCCCUGGGUUUAAUCUCUGGGAAGAUUUAAUCACAGGGACCACGUAGCCUCAGUGGAGGAGGCUGGUGAAGAGGCAAGUGACUAACAGAGCAGGAGAAAGAUGGAAGGACAGCAUUAGAGUCCUGGUCAGGACAGCCAGGUGGGGGAAGACGGGCCUCUCUGGACAGGUCUGGCAACCCCCACCCGUGCAUGCUUCUGGCACCCAUACACAGUCUAGACCCAGAUGGGAGUGGAAUCAACUGGGAGGUGAUUUUAAUGAGUGUUGACAGCGAGCAUACUUCCAAGAACAUGAAACUCCACCUGAUUGCUCUUGCCAGGUCCUUGAAACUCUGCUCACAUCCAUUCCCACAUCUAUAAAUAGGGAACCCAGCCUAACUCAGUGACAAGACAUGAACUGGAGCACUGCCCGUGCUGAGGUGUCAGCGUGACCCUCCGAGGUCAGGGCUCCCUCACCCCUGAAGCUAGCAGAGGCCAAGAGCCCCAUGAUAACAGAGAGAUGGAGCCCUCGGUCACAGGUGUUGACCUCUCAAUGUCAUUGGUAGACCCACUUCCCAAGAAUUAGGAGGUCUUAUCAGUCCCAACGAGUGAUGGAUGAUCUCACUCUUCAUCAGCGGAUAGCCCUGAGACGUGAACGUGAGAUGCUCAAUGCUGCUUGGACACUGCAUAAAAGUAAAUCAUGAGGGGGAAGAAAAUGGAUCACACAGGCUACAGUGUAGAUCCCCUGGAGGAGAGCAUUGCAGUCCACUCCUGUAUUCUUGCCUAGAGAAUCCCAUGGAGAGAGGAGCCUGGUGGGCUUUUAAAGUCCAUGGGGCACUAGGAGUCAGACAUGGCUGAAGCAACUUAGCAUGCACAAACACACCAGAGUAGAACAAGCAGGCGGAAGAGACCGCCAGGUGGCGCCCGCUGGCAGCACAGGCUCCCUGUCUCCACGCAGAACCUGGAAAAUCGGAUUUCGGCCUCAGUCCUCAAACUCUUUCUAAUGAGCAGUUACUUUGGCCCACAAAAAGUCUAGGACUACUCUCGGACAGAAACUACUAGAAAAUAUAUUGCUGAUGACACUGAAGUUAGGGGCUCUCUCCAGGCCCUUUCAAGGGAUCCGCAGAGUUUUCCGGUGGGGGUUGUGUUUUGGGGGAGGGGCGCGGUGCAGGGGUCAGUCUUGAGUCUUUUAAGAAAAGCAGGGCUUCCCUCGAAGCUCAGUCAGUAAAGACGGCCUGCAAUGUAGGAGAUCCGGCUUCGAUCCCAGGGCCAGAAAGAUCCCAAGGAGGAGGGCAUGGCGAUCCACUGAAGUACUCUCGCCCGGAGAAUCCCCAUGGUCAGAGAAGCCCGGCGGGCUACAGUCCUCGGGGUCGCAAGAGUCAGACACGACUGAGCGAGUAAACCACCACCGCAGGAAGACUGCAGGCAGGAAUUGGGAGGAAGGUUGACCGGCGAGAAGGACUUGGAGGAGAAAAGAGACAGUGAGAGGCGGGGUGAACAAGGAGUGAGUCAGGAGUGGGCGGCUACUGCCGGGCGUCAGCGAGGCGGGGAGGAGGCCGGGGCGAGCUCCCGCAAAGUCGGAUCCAACCAGUUUCCAGGCGGGGAUGGACUGGAAGCCUGACCCCGGAGCGCGACUGGGUUUCGUGGCUCUGGUGCUACUCGUGGCUACCCGGUUCUGCACGGCGCGAGGCGGAUCGCCCUGUGCUAUGAGCCAGCGUGGUACUCUCUGCAACACUCACUCUCUUUCCUACAACUUCACUGUCGAUCCUCACCCGAGUCCUGGAGAGCCGUGGUGUGUGGUUCAAGGCCAGAUCGUUGGGAAUUUUUUUCUCUCCUGUGACUGUGGUGGCACCAAGAGCCAAUCCACAAGCCCAUUGGGAGAGGAGGUGAAAACUACACACACUUGGGAAACACAGACAGAAACACUGACAGACAUCGGGGACUUCCUCAAGGGGCGAUUGCCUGACAUUACACCGGAGAAACACACGGCCAGAGUGGAGUCAGGCCCUCUGACCGUGCAGGUCAAGAUGACGUGCCAGUGUGAAGAGGAUGGACACAUCAGUGGAUCUUGGCAAUUCAGCUUCAAUGGAGAAAUGUGCCUCCGCUUUGAUUCGGAAAAUGGACACUGGACAGAGGUUCAUUCUGGAGGAAGGCAGAUGAAAGAGAAGUGGGAGAAGGACAAAGCUGUGACCGACUUCUUCAAGAACGUCUCCAUGGGAGACUGUCAGACCUGGCUUCAGGAUCUUACAGUGUGCUGGGAGAAAAUGUUGAAGACCUCAGGUGAUGCUGCUCCCAGGAAGCCCCAACAGGUGCUCUGUCAGCCUCAGGACUCAGUCUUUGCUUGGAUGCCUUUGUUCUCCUUCUGUACACUUUACAAUCAGGUGAUCAGACCCACGAAUUCGGAGCCUGCCUUCCAGUUAUGAUGACAAGGUGGCUGCCUUGUCUCAUGUCUCUUGUCACAUCUGGUGAACAGCCUCCUCAGUCUCUUUUUCUUCCCCCAACCUAUUUUACCUCUUUUUCUUGGUGCUAAUUGAUGGAAUCCAUGCACUGAAAUGUUUAACUACUUGAACAAGAAAUCUCCACAAAUAGGACACUUUCUAUCUUCUUCUAGUUUGUGAAAAAUCAGACUCUUCUUUGUAUGGCAGUCUCAUUGUUGCAAAUGAUGAUAAUGCGAGAAAAAUACCAUCUUCUAUUGCAGGACUCAGAGAUUCUUUCUAUGUUCAGAGAAACAACUUCAGAGUAUUUUCAACAAAACAAAAUAUUAUGUUGAAUGUCUCUUUUAGUCAAUUUAUUUCCUAAUAUGAAUAUUUAAGUUAAUAUCUCGCUAUUGCAAAAGACAUAAAUACUUCAAGUUUCUUUUUCUAAUCAAGGCGAGAACUCGAGACAUUUCACCCUUUUUCCACCUUAUGGGAUUAAAUAGAACUGAUCAUUCGGUUACAUUUACUGUGGAAGCAGAGAAUAAAAAGAAAGCUCUUAAAG